CUCGUCCCGCUCCGGGGAUAAAAGGCCGCUCUCGGGGAGCUGGGACCGCCCGCACCAUGGCAGCGGGGAGGGACGCGGCGCUGCUCGCCUGGAUCGGCGCCCUCGGGGUGGCGGCGCUGCUGGCAACAGGACAAAAAGCAGAGCAACCAGAAGUGGAGACCAAAUAUGGGAGAGUCCGAGGGUUCCAAUUCAAAGUAGACUCAGCUGAGAGGAGUGUAAAUGUCUUUUUGGGACUUCCUUUUGCUAAACCUCCCCUUGGAUCCCUGAGGUUUUCUGAGCCCCAGCCCCCUGAGCCAUGGAAAGGGGUCAGAGACGCCACUUCCUACCCACCAAUGUGUGUGCAGGAUCCAGUCGAAGGACAACAUUUUUCAGACAUGAUUACUAAUAGAAAGGAGAAGGUUCCUCUUCAGGUGUCAGAAGAUUGCUUGUACCUAAAUGUGUACACACCCGUUUCUGCAGGAGAACAGCAGAAGUUGCCUGUCCUUGUAUGGAUACAUGGAGGUGGAUUAAUUCUUGAAGCAGCUUCACCAUAUGAUGGUUCAGCAUUAGCAGCCUUUGAAAAUGUGGUGGUUGUAGCAAUUCAGUACAGAUUAGGUGUUCUUGGAUAUUUUAGCACUGGUGAUGAACAUGCCCGAGGGAACUGGGGAUAUUUAGAUCAGGUAGCAGCUCUCCAGUGGGUUCAGGAAAACAUCAUCCAUUUUGGAGGAGAUCCAGGAUCUGUCACUAUCACUGGAGAAUCUGCAGGAGGAAUCAGUGUUUCUGCUCUUGUCCUGUCUCCCCUGGCAAAGGGCUUGUUCCACAGGGCCAUUUCAGAGAGUGGUACUGCCCUCCUGGGUUUGUUCACUGACCAGCCUAAGGAGGAAGCACAAGUGGGUACUUUGUGGUAAUUUUAAUUCUUUUUU